CUGAAGGCGCUCUUUUCACACAUACAUCCAGACCCGAUAGAUACUGUGCGAAAAGAGCGGCUUCAGUCGAGAACACCGACUGCACUGUUUUUGAAAGCAGCUUCUCCCGUUCCUACAUCGAAAGAUGCUGACGAUAACCCUGAAGACCCUCCAACAGCAGACGUUCAAAAUAGAGAUAGACCCAGAAGUGACGGUGAAAACCCUGAAGGAGAAAAUAGAGGAGGACAGAGGAAAAGAUGCAUUUCCUUCAGCAGGACAGAAACUCAUCUAUGCAGGUAAAAUCUUAAACGACGACACCCCACUGAAAGAGUACAAAAUCGAUGAGAAAAACUUUGUGGUGGUCAUGGUUACCAAGCCUAAAUCAACCCCUCCUUCACAAACAGCCCCUCAGCCAGCUCUCCAACCAGCUACAACUCCAGCACCAUCAUCAGCUGCAGCCCCAGCACCAGCCUCUGGCCCCACACAAAUACCAUCCACACCAACACAUACAUUGUCUGCGCCCAUACCUGCCCCACAGUCUGUACCUCCCUCUGAAUCCCCACUCCCCAUCACAGAAAACACACUGCUGGCUUCAGUUGAAGCAGCAGCAGCUUUGGACUUACACUCUGCUACAGACUCAGCACCAGCAUCUGGCUCUGCUGCCACUCCAGCUUCUGCCUCAGUUCCAGCUCCUGAGGCGGUUCAGGCAGCCCCAGCCUCAGCCCCAGCAGACUGCCCCACCUCUGCUGCCCAGCCGGAAGAAAAACCAAGGGAAGACCCUGAGAGUGAACCCCCUGCUACUGCACCAGUCCAACAGUCCUCUGCUUCCAGCCUUGUUGAUGAACUGGGUCUCCUUGAAGAAGCAGCAUCAAUUCUGGUGACAGGUCCAGCCUAUGAGAACCUGGUGUCAGAGAUCAUGUCGAUAGGCUAUGAGCGUGAGCAGGUUGUCGCUGCACUCAGAGCCAGUUACAACAACCCAGAUAGAGCAGUGGAGUAUCUACUAAUGGGUAUUCCUGUGGAGGCCAGUGAGCCUUCCCAACAAGAGCCAAUUAGACCCAGUGCUCUACCCAACCCUUCCACCCCUGCUACACAACAACCACAGCAGCCUCCUGCAGCCUCUAACAGGCCAGUGUCUGGCAGCCAGCCUCCGACUGCUGGAGGAGGCUCUGUGUCCUCUGGAGGGAAUCCUCUGGAGUUCCUGAGGAAUCAACCUCAGUUCCAGCAGAUGAGACAGAUCAUCCAGCAGAACCCAGCCCUCCUACCAGCUCUGCUGCAACAGCUGGGCAGAGACAACCCCCAGCUGCUGCAGCAAAUCACACAGCACCAGGAGCGUUUUGUGCAAAUGCUGAAUGAGCCACGAAGUGGAGACGCAGGAGGGGAGGGGGCUGAGGCCCAGGGGUCACCACACACCAACUACAUCCAGGUCACCCCGCAGGAGAAGGAAGCAAUUGAGAGGUUAAAAGCGCUGGGCUUCCCUGAAGGCUUAGUGAUCCAGGCUUACUUUGCCUGUGAGAAGAAUGAGAAUCUGGCUGCUAACUUCCUUCUACAGCAAACAUGGGAUGAUGAGUAACCACACAUCACUCAACACUUCACCGUUCAACAGAGGGCUGCAGAGUGGGUGACAGCACUGCACAAGGCCAUCAGGAAGCGACACAAACAGGAGAGGAAGAGGACAUUUCUAUUCAUGCCAUGUGACUGUGGUCUGAUGAUGAUGGUGGUAGUGAUGAUGACAUGCUGUUCAAAGUUAGCUGUGCUGCCUACUCUCCAUUCAGUUGUGAUGAUCAUGAUAUUGAGCAUUGCCUCACUGCUGCUACAUCAUUGCUGCUGCUGCUUGUACUGAGUGAUCACACUGAGAGAAGUCAUAUCCGGAUAUAUGCCAACAGUCUGCAUCACCUUCACAGGCCAGCAGGAGUUUAUUCAGAGGGUGUCCUCUUCAGGGAGCUCACAGGCUGCCUGCAGAUUAUGUGUUAAACUACUGUAUACAUACAGUAUACACCAAGUGUAUCUGUAGUUAAUAUAUAAAUAAGAGAAAUGCAUUUUCAACAUGUGCAUUCGCAAACCCUUUAUGUUGGAGUUACCUGAAAGUGUGAUGCAAACUGUUGACUUCACUGUUUGAAAGCUAGUGUUGCUUUAUAUUAGAGAUCAGGUUUAAUCCAGGUUUAUUUCUUCUGAUUCUUUUGUCCUUGGAAAAAAAAACCCCAAACACUUAAAAUGUUACAAACUGAGUGCUUCCCAGUAGCAAAAAUGUAUUCUUCUGAUUGUGUGCGACCUUUCAUUAACCGUGCAGAUGUGGUUCUGUGGUUUCAUCCAGGAAAAUCAAAUCUGCAUGGUGAAUGAAUUUACUGCAGGAGUAUUUACAAUAUUGCCAACCAUUCAUGUACGAAAAGAAAAAAUACAGCGUGUUUGGAAUGAAGAACUGAAGAUAGUAAGUCCAGAUUACAACUAUGUAUUUUAAGUUUCGACUUAAGUUGAAUUUUGAGGUAGUAAGUGGUUCAUAGUUUUGACUUUGUAAGUCAAGACUUAAUGCCUGAACAUGUUGUAUUAGUAUCUUAGAAUGUUGCUGUCUGACUUUUAUCUUACUUUCACUCACUAUGCAUUAUUAUUGUCAUUAUUUGUUGUAUUUGCAGUUAUUGUUUUCAAUUUUUUGUCACGAAUGAUGACUAAAAACAGUGACCAUUCAAAAUUUGGUAAGGUCUGUCUGCUGUAAACCAACAGCUACAUCCACUACCAGAAGAGAGACGACACUGAAAUAGUUUUGCAGUCACAGUAUAUUCUGAUUACUUGCUGGGAGGGUUACACUCUGAUGCAGCAUUCUGCUUGAGAAAUGAUGUUCAGGUCUUUCAUCACUGAGGAGGCUUUUUGUUUUGUUAUGUAUUUUGCAGAUGAAAGCAUAUGAAGUUUGAUAACAAUUGAUUAUGAAGUGCCACCUUUUUUUAAAAUGAAAAGUUGCGCUCUUUGCUUCACAUCCUUCUUUCAGACAAUCUUUUUAGUUCAGUUUUCCUCAUACCACAUCUUCUAUGCAUCUUACAGCUGUAAGAGGUUGAGCCAUUGCUCCUUCAUGCCUUAUGGUUAAAGACUUGAACAUGUUUUAUUUGACAAAUGGUGUUGUAGUUUACAAUAUAGUGUUUUAAGCAGAUUUCAAAGAAGAGCAUACUAGGAUUGGUGACCAUUAUUAGUUGUUUAAUCAUUGAUAAUCAGUUAUUCUUUCAAUAGUGCACUAAAGGGAAUUUGAAUAAGUGCUAAAUCCAAAACAAAUAUACAUCUAUUUUUUUCAGAAUUCAGCAUGUGCGUUUACUGAUCUUUGUUGUGUUUGAACUGGAAAUGACUGGAAGUGUUCUGUUAUGGUGUCAAUGGGAAAAGCAAACUGAGAGAAAAAGGUACUUUACUAUGACAAAUGCUGCUCUUUAGCUGUGUGGGACUGUUGGUUGCAUGAGAUUAUUUAUAGCAUGGCAGUGGGUUAAGGACCGACGAAACCGCCAAUGUGGUGUUGCUCUGAUUUCAGCUGUUCUGUUGUUUUAUCCAUUUUGUCAAUGUCUCGUUUCCUUUAUGAGUUUAUAAAGAAAAAACAAAAAACAAAACAAACAAACAAAAAAAACUUACAACCUUAAAUACACCAGUUAAGAAGUAGUUGUGAUCUUCUUUUGUUUAAGCAUUGUGUAAAAUAAAUGGCUUUUACUAAA